UAAUCGUUCUUUACAUUCCACGAGGUAGCGAGUGUGAAACGUAUGCGUGGCAAAUAUGGCUCGGUUAAUAAAGAGUUUAGGUUUAUUAGUGUUCACGGAAGAUUGCAUGGAGGAAUAUUUCGAUGACUUCAAUUUUUUUCACGUUGGAUGUUUCAAAGCGACUCUGAGCAAAGUCUUGGGCCUCGGCAUUAUCGGCGGAUCUCUCCUCGUCAAAGUCCCACAGAUUGUAAAAAUCCUUAAAAGUAAAAGUGCAGAAGGCAUCAAUGUUCUCAGUGUGUUAUUAGAUCUGUUUGCCAUUACUGCAAUGGUAUCUUACAGUUUCAUUAGCGGUUUUCCAUUCAGUUCAUGGGGAGAUGGAGUGUUCUUAGGAAUCCAAACUUUAGCAAUUGCAGUUUUAGUAAUGCAUUUCAGUGGUAAUACUGUACAAGCAACUGCAUUCCUUGGUGCUUAUUUAGCAGUAGUAUUUGCUGCCACGAGUGGGCUGACCUCGGUGAAGAUUCUAUGGGCUUGUCAAGCAAUGAAUAUACCCAUUGUUCUUACUAGUAAGUUGAUACAAGCCUACACAAAUUACACAAAUGGAAGUACUGGUCAGCUAUCAGCAGCAACUGGUUUUAUGCUUUUCUUUGGAUCUCUGGCUAGAAUAUUCACAUCUAUUCAAGAAACCGGAGACAUGACAAUGAUAAUUAUGUAUAUAUGCUCUACUGCUGCAAAUGCUGUAAUAGCUGCUCAAAUUUUGUAUUACUGGAAUGUGGUUACACAGGUCAAAGAGAAGGCAAAGAAAGCUCAAUGA